AUGGGACUGGAAUUACGGAACUGGAAGAUGAAGUAUGCUUCUUCUGAUACCAUGGCAACAAUCAGCAAUAGUCCGAUUCCUGCAGGACUUCGGAUCAAAUUUCAAGGCGAUACAUUAAGGAAACAUAUUGACUGCAUUGAUUAUAGUUCAAUUCUAUAUGUCCUCCUCAAUUAUGUUGCAACUCCCCGACUUUUACAAAUUUCGGAAACCUACCCGCCCCCUACCGUACAGGAAGGCGGGAGGGUACAAGACUUUAAUAUAGCGCUGCAAUUAAGACAUUUGCUGGAUGCAGGCCAAAUGCUGAGGCAAACGAGGGGUUUCCCAAGAUUCGGAUUUUUUUUCGAAGUUAUUGUCUGGGAUUUUGAGGAUAUGGACGGUGUUCACGUCUAA